AUGUUGGAAAUACACUGUUCCGGAACACCGUUCAAAAUUGGCCGGAAGCACGGGCUAGAAGCCCGAGAUAAGGUCCUCGGAUCUCUGGCCUUCUACAAGAGACUCUUUUGGUCUACCUGUGCCCUGGACUGGUCAAGGGUGUGCGACGAAGCGUCCAAGUACAUAAGUACGCUGGAAACCCUAUGUCCAAAAUAUCUAGAUGAGCUUCGCGGCGUCGCCGAAGGGGCCAACGUCGAUUUGCUGGGUAUCGUUGCUCUUAACGUCCGGGCUGAGAUCACCUUCGGACUCUUCACGCUACCCGUCAAGAUCGACGGUUGCACCAGCCUGGCUGUUAAAUUAAAGCGAGCGGCUGUCACUUUUGGUCGUCCGACGAAUGCCGGGGAACGUAUAGAGGUUGCAUUCUAG